AUCCAACAACAUCAACAGCUGCAACUUCUGAACCCACAACUCUUACUUCAACAACUAUGCCUACAUCUUCAGAAACAACUGCACCUGUAACAACAUCAGUAACUACAGCACACUCAACUACUGAAAGUCCCACAAGCAUUGUUGUGAGGACUGAAACCACAACUAUUACUUCAACAACACUGCCUGUGACUUCAGAAAGAACAACAGCAGAGACCACAACUACUGCUUCAUCAACCACAUCUACAACAAUAAAUGAUCCAACAACAUCAGCAGCUGUAACUUCUGAACCCACAACUCUUACUUCAACAACCAUGCCUACAUCUUCAGAUACAACUGCACCUGUAACAACAUUAGUAACUACAGCUUCCUCAUUUACUGAAAUUCCCACAACCGCAGUUGUGAGGACCGAAACCACACCCAUUACUUCAACAACACUGCCUACAACUUCAGAAAGUACAACAGUGGAAACCACCACUACAGCUUCUUCAAGGACAUCUACAAUAACAAACAAUCCAAGAACAUCAACAGCAGUAACUUCAGAAUCCCCAACACUUACUUCAACAGCAAUGCCUACAAAUUCAAAAAGUAUAACAGCAGAGACCACAACUACAGAUUCAUCAACCACAUCUUCAACAACAAAUGAUCCAACAACAUCUGCAGCUGUAACUUCAGAAUCCACAACUCUUACUUCAGCAAUGCCUACAUCUUCAGAAACAACUGCACCUGUAACAACAUCAGUAACUACAGCAUCCUCAACUACUGAAAUUCCAACCACCACAGUUGUGAGGACCGAAACCACACCCAUUACUUCAACAACACUGCCUGCAACUUCAGAAAGUACAACAGCAGAGACCACAACUACAGCUUCAUCGACCACAUCUACAACAACAAAUGAUCCAACAUCAUCAGCAGCUGUAGCUUCAGAAUCCACAACUCUUACUUCAGCAAUGCCUACAUCUUCAGAAACAACUGCACCUGUAACAACAUCAGUAACUACAGCAUCCUCAACUACUGAAAUUCCCACCACCACAGUUGUGAGUACAGGAACCACACCUAUUACUUCAAAAACAAUGCCUACAACUUCAGAAAGAACAACAGCAGAAACCACAGUUGUAAAUACAGAAACCACAACUACUACUUCAACAACACUGCCUGCAACUUCAGAAAGUACAACAGCAGAAACCACAACUACAGCUUCAUCAACCACAUCUACAAAAACAAACAAUCCAGCAACAUCAACAGCUGUAACUUCAGAAUCCACAACUCUUACUUCAACAAUGCCUACAUCUUCAGAAACAACUGCACCUGUAACAAGAUCAAUAACUACAGCAUCCCCAACUACUGAAACUCCCACCUCCACAGUUGUGAGUACAGAAACCACACCCAUUACUUCAACAACACUGCCUACCACUUCAGAAAGUACAACAGCAGAGACCACAACUACAGCUUCAUCAACCACAUCUAAAACAACUAAUGAUCCAACGACAUCAAGCAAGAACACUCCUACAGUGGCAACAACAACUGCAUUCCAAAUAACAACUGCACCUCUAUCAAGCACAACUGUUGCUUUCACUAAUAUAGUUCCAGCUCUAAGCCAGGCAACACACAUUACCACAACAAAUGCACCUCCAAUAAUCACAACUGUGUCUCCAGAGAUCAUAACUAUUGCUGUAACAAUUUUGCCUAUCUCCUCAUCACAUGUAACUAUAUUACCAACUUUAACUCCAACAAAAACAACUGAACCUCCAAGAACCCCAUCUGCACCCAUUACAACCAUGAAUGUUCUGGCCACCACUACAGUUCCAGCUGAUAUCUCAGCUACAGCUCCAAGCACAGCAACUGCCACCAUUCCAAGCUCAACUGCAACUCAAACAACAACUGCAUUUCAAGUAACAUCAGGAGAUCUUUUAAAAACAACUGUCGCUUUUACCAGUACAUCUUCUGCUCCAGCCACACUUGCACUUUCAACCAAAACAACUUCAAGCCCAAACUUGGAUUCAGAAACCACAACUGCAUCAACAACUACCACUGGAAUUAUUACAGGUUUCACUUACACAGCAGAAUUUCCAGAAUUUCCAAUAGCAUCAGGUCCAAACAACAAUACGUCAACAUCACCAGCAUCUACAAUUUCAGGUCACACAUCCAUAAAACCAACAGCAGCUGAAACUCUUACUAGCAAAACUACACCUCUGAACAAUACAACAAAAGCAGAUGCAACACUUCAAAGUACUUCAAGUUUGCAACCAGAAACUUCAAACAUACCCAAAACAUUGCAAACAAAUGUGUCCGGUGCAGCAACAGUCACAACCAAAUUUAUAUUCUCAUCUUUGUCAUCCCUGCCCACUGAAACUUUGGUCCUAGGUGCUAUUAGUAAUCUUCAUGAAGCUAGAAAGUCCCAAAUCAAUGAAUCACUGAAGAUUGACAGUUUUACCUAUGAGAAAAUCUCUGAAACUUCCUAUGCUGUCAUCUUUAAUAUUAGUUUGAAUAAUAUCAGCAUGCCUGAGGAUCCUGAGCUAAGAAGCAGCAGUUAUGUGCAAGUGCAAGAUCUUGUCAAUAAUGCACUGAACACUCUUCUGAAUGAACCUGGCAAGCAAGUUUUCAAACCAAAUUCCUCUCACUUUACGAGCACUUCAAAUCAGAUUGAUGGCAGGAUGGACUACACCUUCCAGGAUGGAGAUGCCAUACAACCAGUCAGCUUCCUAAAUGAGAUACGUCUGCCAACUACUACAACAGUGCUUCCAGGAACAACAACCGGUUUCUCUGUGACUCAUUCAAACCUCAUAUCUGGUUCAGCAGUGGUCACAAGCAAACUGCUGUUCAACUCCUCAUCUCCAGUCCCCAGUGAAGCUCUGGUCCUCAGUGCUAUCAACACUCUCCAUAAUUCCAGAGAACCACAGCUGAAUGAAUCAGUGAAGGUGGUGAAUGUCACUUAUGAGAAAAUCUCAGAAACCUCUUAUGCUGUGGUCUUUACCUUUAAUUUGGUUAACAUCAGCAUGCCAGAGGACCCUGAGUGCAGAAACAAUACAUACCUACAAGUGGAGGAUGUCAUCAAUAAUGCGCUGAACACUCUUCUGAAUGAACCUGGCAAGCAAGUUUUCAAACCAAAGUCCUCCAACUUCACGAGCACUUCAAAUCAGAUUGAUGGCAGGAUGGACUACACCUUCCAGGAUGGAGAUGCCAUACAACCAGUCAGCUUCCUAAAUGAGCUUCAUCUUCCAACUACUACAACAGUGCUUCCAGGAAGAACAACCAGUUUCUCUGUGACUCCUUCAAACCUCACAUCUGGUUCAGCAGUGGUCACAAGCAAGCUGUUGUUCAACUCCUCAUCUCCAGUCCCCAGUGAAGCUCUGGUCCUCAGCGCUAUCAACACUCUCCGUAAAUCCAGAGAAUCACAGCUGAAUGAAUCAGUGAAGGUGGUGAAUGUCACCUAUGAGAAAAUCUCAGAAACCUCUUAUGCUGUGGUCUUUACCUUUAAUUUGGUUAACAUCAGCAUGCCAGAGGACACUGAGCGUGCAAACAAUACAUACCCGCAAGUGGAGGAUGUCAUCAAUAAUGCGCUGAACACUCUUCUGAAUGAACGGCAAGCAAGUUUUCAAAACCCAAAUUCCUCUCACUUUACGAGCACUUCAAAUCAGAUUGAUGGCAGGAUGGACUACACCUUCCAGGAUGGAGAUGCCAUACAACCAGUCAGCUUCCUAAAUGAGCUUCAUCUUCCAACUACUACAACAGUGCUUCCAGGAACAACAACCGGUUUCUCUGUGACUCUUUCAAACCUCAUAUCUGGUUCAUUAGUGGUCACAAGCAAGCUGCUGUUCAACUCCUCAUCUCCAGUCCCCAGUGAAGCUCUGGUCCUCAGUGCUAUCAACACUCUCCAUAAUUCCAGAGAACCACAGCUGAAUGAAUCAGUGAAGGUGGUGAAUGCCACCUAUGAGAAAAUCUCAGAAACCUCUUAUGCCGUGGUCUUUACCUUUAAUUUGGUUAACAUCAGCAUGCCAGAGGACCCUGAGUGCAGAAACAAUACAUACCCGCAAGUGGAGGAUGUCAUCAAUAAUGCGCUGAACACUCUUCUGAAUGAACCUGGCAAGCAAGUUUUCAAACCAAAUUCCUCUCACUUUACCACUUCAAAUCAGAUUGAUGGCAGGAUGGACUACACCUUCCAGGAUGGAGAUGCCAUACAACCAGUCAGCUUCCUAAAUGAGCUUCAUCUUCCAACUACUACAACAGUGCUUCCAGGAACAAACAACCGGUUUCUCUGUGACUCCUUCAAACCUCAUGUAAGAUGUUGGUUUUCUGCAGUGGUCACAAGCAAGCUGCUGUUCAACUCCUCAUCUCCAGUCCCCAGUGAAGCUCUGGUCCUCAGCGCUAUCAACACUCUCCGUAAAUCCAGAGAGUCACAGCUGAAUGAAUCAGUGAAGGUGGUGAAUGUCACCCACACAGAAAUCUCAGAAACCUCUUAUGCUGUGGUCUUUACCUUUAAUUUGGUUAACAUCAGCAUGCCAGAGGACCCUGAGCGCAGAAACAAUACAUACCCGCAAGUGGAGGAUGUCAUCAAUAAUUCGCUGAACACUCUUCUGAAUGAACCUGGCAAGCAAGUUUUCAAACCAAAGUCCUCCAACUUCACGAGCACUUCAAAUCAGAUUGAUGGCAGGAUGGACUACACCUUCCAGGAUGGAGAUGCCAUACAACCAGUCAGCUUCCUAAAUGAGCUUCAUCUUCCAACUACUACUACAACAGUGCUUCCAGGAACAACAACCGGUUACUCUGUGACUCCUUCAAACCUCAUAUCUGGUUCAGCAGUGGUCACAAGCAAGCUGCUGUUCAACUCCUCAUCUCCAGUCCCCAGUGAAGCUCUGGUCCUCAGCGCUAUCAACACUCUCCGUAAUUCCAGAGAGUCACAGCUGAAUGAAUCUGUGAAGGUGGUGAAUGUCACCUAUGAGAAAAUCACGGCAACCUCCUAUGCUGUCAUCUUUAAUUUUCAUUUGAGUAAUAUCAGCAUGUCAAAAGAUCCUAAACUAAGAAAUGGCACUUACCUUCAAGCUCAGGGUGUCGUCAAUAAUGCGCUGAAUAGUCUUCUGAAUGAACCUGGCAGAACAACUUUAAAUCCCAAGUCGACCAACUUCAUAAGCACAUCAAACCAGAUUGAUGGCAGGAUGGAAUACACCUUCCAGGAUAGAGAUGCCAUACAACCAGUCAGCUUCCUAAAUGAGCUUCGUUCACCAACAGUCUUAACAACAGCCAGUACUCUGACAACUACUCCAAAGAUAGUGCUUGGCAGAGCACUUAUAUUCAUUCACCUCGUGUUUGUCACACGGGGCCCCCUGCCAAAUCCAGAUAAUGUUCUUGCGGUGGCUAACACUCUGCUGAAAACACGUCUCACAGCUAAACAAGACACCACAACACAAGACCUGAGUGAUCCUGUGAGCUUUGUCAAUGUCACAUACACAAAAAUAAAUGAGACAGCCUAUGCUCUCAACUUUGGAUUUGAAAUCAGCAAUAUAACCAUGUCUGAGAAACUUGAACUCAGGAAUGGUACCCACCUGUUAAUACAAGACUCCUUAAACACAUUGCUGGCCAAGAUCCUCCUCAGUAACUCCUCAGCUCCUGUCAUUAAGUUCCAAGCAGCUGAUUUCACGGGUAAUUCCACUGUGAUUCAGGCCAAAGUAGAGUAUGUUAUCUCACCAAGUGACAUCACGCAACCCAGCAUAUUUGUUCAGGAACUUCUCCAACUCGCCGAAGAGACCACUCUGACAACAACUUCACCACCAAUCUUGAGUAGGAAGGCAAUUAUUAGGAUUCGUCUCGAGUUUAUCACACUGGGCCCAAGACCAAGUGAGAAUAGUGUUCUAGAGGUGGUUAAAUCUAUGCUGGCCGCAAAUCUCACAACUAAACUAACUGCCAGAACAGUAAGCGUGAGUGAUCCUGUGAUCUUGACAAAUGUCAACUAUUUAGGAAUUAAUGACACUGCCUACGCGCUCAUCUUUACAUUUGAAAUCAGCAAAGUAUUACUGACAGAGUUAAAAAGGAAUGAAACCUAUCAAGAAAUCCAAAAGAAGAUAAAUGACUUGGUGAUCCAGAUCCUAAAGGACCCCUCAGUUAAUCUGCUCAUUCCAGCCCAUUUCAAGGAAAAUUCCACUGUGAUUGAGGCCAAUGUUACGUAUGUUUUCUCACAAUAUGCCAGCAACACGGGUGCCGGUUUCUUGGUCAAUACCCUUUUCACA